AUGCUCGCGGCCCUCAGCGCGGCGCAGUGGGUGGUGGGCAAGGCGCUGGCCCCUGUGGCCGACGGCUUGCUGGAGGCUUGGGAUGCCAGCAAGCGCUUGGGUCUCAACAUCGAGGCCCUGAGGAUGGAGCUGCUGCUCGUGCAGGCCACGCUCGAGACCGCCAGCCGCAAGCAGAUCGACGGCCGGGCCAUGGAGGAUCUGCUGGGGAAGCUGGGGCGCUCGGCGCACUCCGCCGAGGACUUGCUGGACGAGCUGGACUACUUCCGCAUCCACGAUGAGCUCCACGACAUGCACGACGCCACAGACCAGCAUGCCAAGGGGUGCUUCCAUGACCUUGCCCUCAACGCUCGUCACACCGCCAAAGCUGUGCUUGGUCUAUCCGCGUGCUCGUCUGCUGCCUGUUGUCCUGGUGAACCUGGGGAAGUGGAAGGUGCCGGACGACAGGUCAGCUGUUGCAUUUGGCCAUGUGGUAGUAGGCAGAGGUAUCACGGUAAUUCUUCCUCAACGCCGAGCACCAAUCAAGUUGAUGAGGACGGCGGGUGCAUGCUCAAGCUCGGUAAACUCCUCCCUUGCUCAUAUUUGCCGCAUGUUCGUGAUGAUCAUUCUGGCCAGCCAACUCACUCCGGCGCGCCACGGAGAGCAACACCAAUGCCGGGGUUUAAUAGGGUUGAUGUCUCUGAAAGAAUGAAGCGUGUCAUAGAGCAACUGCAGCCCGUGCGUACAGAGGUUACCAAGGUUCUGCAGAGUUGUGGCCAUAUGACUGUCCCAGAUAUUGCCAAGACUCGUCCCAUCACCACCGGUCAGAGUAUAGAGCCAAAACUGUAUGGGAGGGACCGUAUCAUGAAUAGCAUCAUACAUGAUAUGACCAAGGGUAAAUACCGUAGUAAGGAUCUAACCGUGCUUCCGAUUGUCGGUCCAGGGGGGAUAGGGAAGACAACUCUGAUACAACACAUAUAUAGAAACCAACAAGUUAGAAAUCACUUUCAAGUCGUUAUUUGGGUAUGCGUGUCACUCAAAUUCAAUUUGAAUAAGCUUUUGGAAGAGAUCGAAACAUACGAAGGGGAAAAAUAUGGCAGAGUUGAAGAGCUGAUUGAGCAGAGAUUAAGAUCUAAAAGGUUUUUGCUUGUACUGGAUGAUGUAUGGGAGUUUAGUGACGAGGAUGAUUGGAAAAGGUUAUUGCUGCCACUCAAAACAUCACAAGAAAAGGGUAGCAUAAUUCUACUCACAACUCGGUUUCCAAUAAUUGCAAAGAUGGUUGAAACAACUGAUCAUAUAGAGUUGGAAGGAUUAGAAUCCGAACAAUUUAGAAAGUUAUUCCUUAGAUUUAUCUUUGGUGACGGGCCCUUUAAAAGUGAUCAUAAUUUUUUGCUUGACACCGGAGAUAAGAUAAUGGAAAAACUGAAAGGCUCCCCUCUUGCUGCAAAAACUGUUGGUACAUUACUGAGGAAGUGCCUUAAUUUGCGUCAUUGGAGAAGAGUUUUAGAAAGUAAAGAAUGGGAGAGACGGACCGGUACCAAUGACAUUAUGCCUGCUCUGAAGCUUAGCUAUGACUAUCUUUCUUUUCAUCAACAACAAUGUUUCUUCUAUUCUGCACUAUUUCCAGAAGAUCACGAGUAUAGUACCACUGAGCUAAUCAAUUUGUGGAUAGGACUAGAUAUUUUACAACCUAGUACUCAGAAUCAAACAUUGGAAGAUGUAGGUUUAAUGAAUUUGAAUGAUCUGGUCACACAUGGAUUUUUCAAAGAAGAGGAAACUAAUGGCCGUGUGCGUUAUGUAAUGCAUGACCUGCUACAUGAUUUAGCACUAAAGGUUGGGUCUCAUGAAUGUCUUACAGUACAUCAUUCUAAUGUGGGGUCAGUAGAAAUUAAGCCAUCCAUUCGUCACUUGUCUAUAAUCAUUGAUGAUGAUCAUACAAUGUCUGUUUUACAGUGUCGUUUUCUUCAGAGUUCAGUCACAAGCUCACAGUACGCUUGGCUCGAUGCUCGCAGCCCCUCCCUCUUGUCCGGAGCUUCACACGCGUGCGUGGAGCCUUCCUGGCAUCGGUGGCGCGCUGGCCCGCCCUCGCCGGCGUCUUCUGCGGCGUCGGGACCUCCCGUGGCGGCCGACAGAAGGCACACCACGGCAGAACGCCGUUCAGCGCCGCCCAAGCCAUCUGGUAGCUCCGCGUGGCCGUCUCCCUUGCCAGCGCACGCGUGCAGCACCGCCGCCGUGGCCUGGCACGCGCAGGGCGCGCUCCCUUCCGCCGACGUGCCGCACGGCCGUUUCGUUGGGACAGGCCGUAAAACCCCCUCCGUGCUGAGCUGGACCCUGGAAUGGCACCACUACUCCACCUAG